UCCCCCGCCUCUCGCCAUUUCCGCGCCCCGGGGCGGGGGACCCGCGCGGGCCCCGUGGAGGCCCUUUGAUGCCGGCCUCCGGGGCGCCCCGCUGCGCCCUGCCGCGGGGGCCGCGCUGAGCGCGGCAUGCGGCGCCCGCUGCUCGGGGCCCUGCGGAGGAGGAGCGGGGCAUGACUCGGCCGUGAGGGAGGGCCGGGGGCCCCCGGCCGCGCGCGGGGCGCUGCAGCAUGAGGCCGGGGCGCCGCUGAGCCGGGCUCCUUCCUGCGCGCGUGUCCCGGGCCGGGGGAUGACAGCGCCCGCGGGGCGGCGGGGCGGCGCUUCCACCCGGUAGCGGGCGCGGGGACGCGAGGAGCCGGAGCCGGAGCCGGAGCCGGGAGCAGCCCCCGGCGGCCGCGCGCCAAGCAUGGGCUGCGCCCCGAGCAUCCACAUCUCCGACAGCCGCGUGGUGUACCGCAGCAGCAAGGAGUCGGAGGAGUCGCACUCGCCCCAGCAGACCAACGCCAGCAUGGCUCAGCAGCAGCAGCAUCCGCCGGGCAACCCCGUGCCGGGAUUAUUCAUCAAGUCCUCCAACCCCGCCGCCUACAAGGCGAGGACUAAUUCCGCUCGGAAGGAGCGCAGGGACAACAGCCAGAGCCUGGAGGCGGAGACGCAGAGCGGCAGAGCCAGUGUUAAGGUGCCACUAACAGAUGUUCAGUUUGGCCCUAUGAGACUCCAUCAGGAUCAACUUCAGGUACUUUUAGUGUUUGCCAAAGAAGAUAACCAGAGUAACGGGUUCUGUUGGGCAUGCGAGAAAGCUGGAUUCCGGUGUAACAUUGCCAGGACACCUGAAUCUGCACUAGAAUGUUUUCUGGAUAAGCACCAUGAAAUCAUCAUUAUUGAUCAUAGACAUUCCAGAUAUUUUGAUGCAGAAGCACUAUGCAGGUCUAUCAGAACAACCAAACCCUCAGAAAACACAGUCAUUAUCGGUGUAGUACGAAGACAUGGUGAUCGUGAAGAGUCAUCAGUAUUGCCCCUCAUUUCUGCAGGCUUCACAAGGAGAUAUGUAGAAAAUUCUAAUAUCAUGGCCUGUUACAAUGAACUAAUUCAGCUGGAAUUUGGAGAGGUGCGGGCACAAUUUAAACUAAGGGCUUGUAAUUCAUUAUUUACAGCAUUAGAGAAAAGUCAAGAAGCCAUUGAGAUCACAAGUGAAGACCAUGUAAUACAGUACGUCAAUCCUGCAUUUGAAACCGUGAUGGGCUAUCAAAUAGGUGAAUUAAUAGGGAAGGAAUUAACAGAAGUGCCUAUAAAUGAAAAAAAAGCUGAUUUCCUAGAUACUAUUAAUUCCUGUAUAAAGAUAGGAAAGGAAUGGCAAGGAAUGUACUAUGCCAAAAAGAAAAAUGGAGAUAGCAUACAGCAAAAUGUGAAGAUAAUACCUGUCAUUGGACAGGGAGGGAAGAUUAGACACUAUGUGUCAAUUAGUAGACUGUGCAAUGACAACAAUAAGGUGGAAAAAACAUGUGAACGUGUUCAGGCUGAAUCUCAGACAGAUAUUCAGACUUGCAGACACAAAGAUAGGAGGAAAGGAUCGCUAGAUGUCAGAUCUACAACCUCCCGAGGAAGUGAUGGCAGCUCACAAAGGCGGCAUUCCUCCAUGGCCAGGAUACAUUCCAUGACUAUUGAAGCACCCAUCACCAAGGUAAUAAAUAUUAUCAAUGCUGCACAAGAAAGCAGCCCCAUGCCUGUUGCAGAAGCUUUAGACCGAGUACUGGAGAUUCUCAGAACCACUGAGUUAUACUCUCCCCAGCUUGGGACAAAAGAUGAAGAUCCACAUACAAGCGAUCUUGUUGGAGGGUUAAUGACAGAUGGUUUACGAAGAUUAUCAGGGAAUGAAUAUUUAUUGUCUGCAAAACAAACUCAUCAGGUGCCUGGCAGUUUGAUCUCUCCUAUCUCCCUUAAUGAUAUCCCCCCACGGAUAACACAAGCAAUGGAAAAUGAAGAACACUGGGACUUUGAUAUUUUUGAACUUGAGGCUGCCACUCAUAAAAGGCCUUUGGUUUAUCUUGGUCUCAAAAUGUUUGCUCGCUUUGGAAUAUGUGAAUUCCUAAACUGUUCAGAAUCAACUCUGAGGUCAUGGUUACAGGUUAUUGAAGCCAACUACCAUUCCUCAAACUCCUACCAUAACUCUACUCAUUCUGCAGAUGUGCUCCAUGCCACCGCCUAUUUCCUGUCCAAAGAAAGGGUAAAGCAAACAUUGGAUCCCAUUGAUGAGGUUGCUGCUCUCAUUGCUGCCACUGUUCAUGAUGUGGAUCACCCAGGAAGAACAAACUCUUUCCUGUGUAAUGCUGGCAGUGAACUAGCGAUCCUCUACAAUGACACUGCAGUACUAGAGAGCCAUCAUGCUGCCCUGGCUUUCCAGCUCACUACCCGGGAUGAUAAAUGCAAUAUAUUUAAAAACAUGGAGAGGAAUGAAUAUCGAACCCUGCGUCAAGCCAUUAUUGACAUGGUCCUAGCAACAGAAAUGACAAAGCACUUUGAGCAUGUCAACAAAUUUGUCAACAGCAUUAAUAAACCUUUGGCAGCACUAGAAGAAAAUGGGAAUAAUGGUGAUGGAGACCCAGUCAAAACCGUGCUCACAUCUCCUGAGAAUCGUAUCCUUAUAAAGCGUAUGCUGAUAAAGUGUGCAGACGUUUCCAAUCCAUGCAGACCUCUAGAGCAGUGCAUUGAAUGGGCCGGUCGUAUCUCUGAGGAAUACUUUGCACAGACUGAUGAAGAAAAGAGGCAAGGUUUACCUGUGGUGAUGCCUGUUUUUGACAGAAAUACUUGUAGUAUCCCCAAGUCCCAAAUAUCAUUUAUUGAUUACUUCAUCACGGAUAUGUUUGAUGCUUGGGACGCAUUCGCAGACCUGCCAAAUUUGAUGCAGCAUCUGGAUAAUAACUUUAAAUACUGGAAAGGACUAGAUGAAAGGAAGCUUCGAAGUCUUCGACCACCACCUGAAUAGCGAUUAGGCCAGGGUGUGUAAUUUACCUAACCAGAUGCAUAUUUAUUCAAGCUCACUUUUGUUCAUGUGAUUUCAGAUUUGUUUUGGUCUCUUCAGUAUUACAGUAAGGCUAAAUCCAUGCACUUGUGGAACUUUCCAUUUUAAAAGAACAUGAAAUCAGCAGUUGACUCCUGCAAACUAUCGUGUAUGGACUCCAAUGAAAUAAGCCUAUGAAGCUGAAUUACACUGGAUUGCUGCAGUAACUGUACUGAAGAGGGUCUAUUAGUGAACAUAUUUUUUUGCAUUAUCUUCAUACCAAUAUGUGAAGCUUGAAGACAUCCUCAUAAAAAGGGUGUACUCUAGAAGAUUUUGCUUAAUCCUCAAUUCUGCAAGUGAAGAAGUGUCUAUUAAUAGUGACUCACAGCUUUUCUGAGAAAGCUCCAUGCUUUUUAUAAGCACUUAAGAACAGUUACGUAUAACAAUCAGACAUUUAAACUGCAACUCUUCAUGAAGGAGUUUUUGAUCUAUGAAAAAUAGAUGUACUCUAUUUUUUCACAUCACAGAAGGUGCAAUCAUUCACUUCUGAGCACUACUGAAAGUGAGUUCUCUUAAAGAAAUUUAGUAGCAAAUGUAAAAAAAUAACAAGAAUUUUUGAAGUUGAUCGUUAGCAUCUAUGAUUAAAAUGAUAUGUUUUAUUUAUUUUGUUAGAUGUUCAAUAUUUUCUAUGAAUUUAUAAAUACUUAAAAGCCAAAGCCAACUUUAGAUGCAUUACAAAUUUACAUGAUUCAUACUCAUUAAUAUACAUUUAAUUGAUGUACAGACCUUUUAUUUUCAUAAUGCAAAUACAAAAUACUAUACAAUGAUACAUUUUUAUUGCACUGUAAGGAUAGAUGUGUAUGGUUAAAUAUUGUCUGAUUUAUGUUAAUUAAAAUAAGUUUUAUUGAAAGGUCUCACUUGAGAGUAGUAAAAUAAACAAAAAAUGUAUACUGUCUAAGGAACAGAGCUGCAGUACUUAUCUCUCACAAUCCUAGUGAUGACCAUAUGAUCUUCCCUUGGAUUAAAAAAAAAGAAGUUGGAACAUUAAUUUGUUUCCACCCCCCUAAAAUUUUAUAAUUAAGCUCCCUAUCAAAAGUCUGCCUUAUUUUAUACAGUAUUUCUACAAAGCAUUCCACAGCAUAGAUGAGGGGAGUAAUACUAAAUAUUUAAUGAAUUUCCACAUUUUAUAGCCUGUGUAUUUUCCUCUGCAGUGAAAAAAAUCUUUACUCCAGAAGUUUGUAAAGGCUGUGUACCUUCACAAUUUGAAUGAAACAUUCACAGCAAAACACCAGAAAAUAAUAAAAUGUAUAUUUUAAGAAGUGUCAAAGUUCUAGCCAUUUCAUUUGAAACAUUUUAUUUAUUUUUUUAAUUUGCACACUAGCAGAUAGAGAUGUGAAAUUAAACAAUUUCUUUUAAACAUA